CCCUAUCCUUUCCCUUAGCAGGGCCCCUGGAGCUGGAGGAGAGGAAGCCAAAGAGCGAUCGCGAAAGUUGUUUUUCUCACCCGUGGGGGAAAAAAAAAGAAAACACGAUCAGGGGACAGUCACGUGACUACCUUUUUGCAAAGGCGAACCCAUCGCGCUUAUUCUAAAGUAACACUCUCGCAAAGACGAAAAUUUUUCAGACCAGGAAGGAGAGCAGGAGGAAUUUUGCUGGCUGAGGUCAAAAGAGAAAAGACUGAAUAAAAGAUCAUGGAAAUGCAACCAAAGGAAACUAAUCCCACGUCACCACCUCCAGACUAUUCAGGCCCCGCUGAUCCACUUCCACAAGCCCAAUAUGGAUAUCCUCAGUAUGGAUCUACUAUUCCAGCUCAAGCAAAUCCACCUCCACCUAUCAUCUGGAUGCCGCCACCACCUGAGAUCCCCAAGUGCCCUCGUGGAUUAGAAUAUUUCAGCCAGCUUGGUCAGAUAUCAGUUGAGCAGCAGAUUGAACUCAUGGAAAUGAUAAGCGGCUUUGAAACUUGUAAUAGGUAUGAAGUAAAAAAUACCAUGGGGCAGUGGAUAUACUUUGCAGCUGAAGAGAAUGAUGACUACACUCUGAACUGUUACGGGCCUUUGAGACCGUUUACCAUAAAACUCUUUGACAGUACAAACCAACCAGUCAUACAAUUGUCAAGGGCUUUCCAUUGCUCCAUUUGCUGCUGUCCUUGUAUCUGCUGCCUGCAAGAGCUUGAAGUACAGGCACCACUAGGCAACAUCAUAGGAUAUGUGAAACAGAAGUGGCAUCCAUGCCUACCAAAAUUUAUUAUCCAAAAUGAGGCCAGAGAAGAUGUUCUUAGAAUUACUGCACCCUGUGUGCCAUGCCGAUUCUAUGAGGAUAUUAAUUUUGAGGUGAAAACCCUAGAUGGGAAAACUACCAUUGGAAACAUAAUUAAAUCAUGGACUGGUUUAGCAAGAGAGGCUGCUACAGAUGCAAGCAUUUUUCAAAUCCACUUUCCAAUGGACCUUGAUAUUACUAUGAAAGCAGUCAUAACAGGGGCUUGCUUUCUUAUGGAUUUCAUGUUUUUUGAACGAGCUGGAAACAGGAACAGAAGAAACACUCGUACUGGAGUACAUGGUGCUCGUGGGUUUCAUGGUGCUCAUGGGAUACAUGGUGCUCAUGGGAUACAUGGUGCUCAUGGAAUACAUGGUGCUCAUAGACACCACAGAUAAUCAGGACAUUUAGAGUAACACACCUCACACUGAAUUAACCUUGCAGGAGGAAUUUUAUUGAUUUAUAAAGUUCCUUAUUUGUAUAUUUACCAUUAUAUCUUUAACUAGUAUACCAUUUAUGUAGUAAUGCUCCAUAUAACUAUCUCAAAAUAUUGUCAAAUAUUCUCUCUCUCUCUCUCUAUAUAUAUAUAUAUAUAUAUAUCCAUAUUGAAAAGAGUGUUUCUAUCCAUAUAUAAUAACAGAGAUGUAUAAUAUAUAAAUUCUGCUAAUUUUUAAAGCACCCAUUCUCAUUAGCAGAUAGGUAUACUACAUUUGGCUUUUUUUCUGCUGUUAUAUAUUAAGAAUUUUCUUCUAUAUGUCUUCCAUUUUUUAUUUUCUGUAAUUAUUGUAACUAUUCUGUGUUAUGGUAAUAAAAUGAACCACAUUGGGCAUCUCAAUAUUCAUACAAUUAAUAGACAAA